UUCUUUGUACAUGUAACUAUUACAUGUAGGGUAUAAUAAUGGACAAUUAUGUACAUGUCAAUUUUACAUGAUAUUAAUGCACAUUAGGGUUUGAUGAGUGUCACAAAGGUGUAAAUCGAUUUGUUUCUGCUCUUUCUCAGAAGUAUACAGUUUUUUAAAGUCGAAAGUAAUGUACAGUUUUGAACGGAAAGUUUUUAUCCUCCUUCUUUUAUAUUAUGUUGAUCUGAGCAUAGGAUGUGAGUUAUACAAAUGUGGGGCACAACGGAGAACAGCAGAAAAUUCAUUUAAUAAAGAUAAAUAUAUCUUUUGCAGGUCUUUACAAAGUUAUUUGGUGUGUUUGAGAAAAUUGUCCACUACGUGUAUCCAUGACAACCACGUUAAGCAAGUUCUGUCAAGAUACAGUUUAACCUGUCAUAAAAACCCAUGGGAGGAAACAAUUGAUGUGCAAGUCUCUUAUUUUGAAAAUAAUAAAAUUAGAAAGGCACAAAGAACUGACGACCUGUAUGAUGAUCUUGGAGAGAAAAUGGCCGCCAAAAGAAAUAAGAACACAAAGAAAGACGAUCAGUUCGAUGAUUUUGGAGAGAAAAUGAAGGCCAGAGCAAAUAAACCCACCAUCAAAGACGACAAAUUCGAUGACAUUAAAGAAAAAACAAGGAAAAGAAAAAAUAGUAAACGUAAUAAACCUGACGAUAUUUACGAUGAUAUUGGUGAAAAAAUGAAAAAAGGGAAAGAACAAAAAACAGAUGAUAAAUUUGAUGAUUUUGGAGAAACCAGACGAAAUAAAAUACGUCAGAAGGCAUUCAAAGAUGGAAAGAAAGAUGAUUUAUAUGACGAUUUUGACGAAAAAAAUAGACGCGAAAGGGAUGAUGUCUUUGAUGACAAAGGUGACAGUCGAAUUGGCAACAGGCAAACGUACAGAUCUCGAUUUAAUGCCGGUGUAGGAGAUAGACGAAAUCGACAAUUUUCAUCUAGAUUUGGAAAAUUUUCACUAAACGAUUACAUUGAUAGGGGAGAUGAUGACGAGGAUGAAGAUUUUACAUCGGAAAAUGACGAAAUUGAAUAUGAUGAAAGUUAUGUUAAUAACCAUAUCAGGGGCCAUUUUGAGUCUGCAGAGGUCAAUGAUUUUGAUUCAUAUACAAGUGAAGUAGCAGACGACAGUAUAGACAGCUCUGAUGAGAGCGAUAGGAAAAUCGUGCGCAUGCACUCAAGUAACAAAACCAUUAACGCAGCACACUACAAACCUGCAUUUCCCAAUAGAAACUUUGGAGCCGAUCUCGACGAUUACUUUGACGAUAUAUACGAUUUCGACAAUGAAUUACCUGAUUUAGAAGAUAUCAUGAAAAGCCGUUACCUUCAUGGAAAUUAUAUGAAUAUGAUGUCAUAUGGUGGGAAUUAUCCGAAUAGAAUGUCAAACGGCCACAGUUACCUGAAUAGAAUGGCAAACGGGGGAAAUUAUCCGAAUAGAAUGUCAAACGAGGGAAAUUAUCCGAAUAGAAUGUCAAACGGGGGAAGUUAUCCGAAUAGAAUGUCAAACCGGCAAAGUUAUCUGAAUAGAAUGUCAAAUAGUGGAAAUUAUCGGAAUGGAAUGUUCAAUGGACCCUUCAACCCUUUCUUCUUUGAUAACGACGAUUUGUACGAUGACGAUUUGAUGGAAUUCGACGAUUUUGAAGAUGGAUUUUACAGGAACGGUUUUGAAAAUGAUGCUUUUGAUGAUAUAAAUGAAAAUUUUCUUAAAUACAAAAAAAUUGGAAAACAAAGACCCUUAAUUAGAACCGAUUCUGAUAGCUCGAGUGAAGAAUUUGGGAUGGUCAAUAAUAGAUUUCAAACAAAUAAAUCUGUUUUCGACGAAUAUGAUUCAAAUGAGAAUAGGUUAAUCUUUGGACAAAGAGGAAUAAAAUCGAAACUUUCGGAUGUCGAUGAUUAUUUUGACGAUGUAAAAGAUGACAUCAAUGACGAUGAUUUUUACGGGGAAGGAACAAAACCUCAUCAUUACGCUUCUUCUGAAAGUGACAGUGAUUCCAAUGAACAAAGAAUUCCAAAUUUUAACUUUUUAACAAAAUCUUCUAAUAAAAGAAACACAAGAAUAAAACCAAGCAAAAAUUCAACAAGUUCCCACAGCAAAAGACAAAUAUUAAGUCAAUAUAAUAAUUUCCCAGAAGGAAUGAAAUUUCCGUCAAAUGAUGUCCCACUUUCGAAGAAAUUAGGUAUAAAUCUAGAUAGCCAACCAAAACGCAGGGCUUUACAAAUGAGUGAGGGAUUUACUCCUGAUGUAAAGAAAGAACGACUGCCCAGAAAAGCAUCCUUUCUAAAGCCAACAAAUCAUAGAAGUGUCGAACCUUCAUUAUUUACGAAUGAACAUUUUCGUACAGAAAGGUUAAAGACGGGUCUUGAUAGUGGCAGCUUCGUACUAAGUCCAUACAACUUUGUUCUACUCAUAUCUGUGCUUUUAGUUAUUGUAUAACUUAUGUCUACAUCAAAGUGGUAUACAGUGAACGCCUUUCUCCAGUUACACAAAGUUUAAACCAAAGAGAAAUGCAUUUUAUCAUUUGUACUAUCUGAUAUAUAUGAUCAUCUUAAUUGGAAACAUUUUUUAAAUUAGCUAUGUCUUCUGAAAAAAGUGAUAUAAUUGCUUGUGAAUGCAUCCAGAUGUUUCCACGUAAUUGUUAUAAUGCAUUAAUUUAGAACAAUCUGUACUAUAAUAGUUCGUUUUUCCACGUUAUUGUUAUAAUGUAUUAAUUCAGAUCAAUUUGUACUAUAUUUCAUAUGUAACCGUUUAACUUUGAACUGGCAAGUCAGCAUAAAAAAUGAUACAGCUUGGUUAUGUCCUAUAAGCUUUAGUUAAAUAUGUAUCUUGCGUUUUGUUUUUUGUUCCAGUUUGACAUUUAGUACAGAAAAAAACGUAUUGCACAUGAAAGCUACACUACUAACAACUUUAAACUCUUUUGACAUUUUAUUAGGGCUAAAAUUUGAAAGAGAACUUUUUAUCAUUUGAUAUUGCCAUUUGAUUAGGGACUUUCCGUUUUGAAUUUUCCUCAGAGUUUAGUAUUUUUGAGAUUUUACUGUUUUUCAUUUGGAUUAUUUAUGUCCAGUAAAGUAAUUUCUUCCGUUUAUUUUUUUUUAAGAAGACAUAACAUGUGUUUGUCGAAUCGUUAGCUUUAUAAUAUCUGCGACGUAAUUUUUGUUUAAAAAUGUUAUUUACCCGCGACGAUUCAGAGCUCAAACUGAUAGAAAUACAGAUCUAAAGAGAUCUAUAAUUUCAAUUUGAUUUGUAUGAUGCAUACCAUUAAUUUUUCCGUUCUCAAUCUGGAUUUUACUAUUCAUGUACCAGAUUGUUCGAUUUGUAAACUGGGAAUGACUUAUAGAUACGAGGGGUUUAUAGCGCUGAAUAAAAAUCUUGGGAUGACUUUCUAUCACUCUAGACCUCUGUGUUGGAGAUCAUUACAACUUUUGUUCCUUAUAUCUUCUUGUUUCAUCUUAGUUUAGUAUUGCUUGUGGUUGUUAUAUUCAUAUUAAACAUCAGGCUCAGAAUGAGAAUAAUUGUAAGAAACAUGUUGUAUUUUUUUUUAUAUGUUUAUGAAUAAUAAAGGCAACAGUUGUAUACCGUUCUUCGAAAUUCAUAAAUCGAUUGAGAAAAAAAACAAAUCUGGGUUACAACCUUAAACUUAGGUAAACACAUCAAAUAUAAGAGGAGAACUACAACACAACACUAAAAUGGAACGCAUACAGAAACGAACUAUAUAUAUACCAAUGGUCAUUAUUUUCUGACUAUGUACAUGACAUUUUAAGAAGCAAAUGGUGGGUUGAACCUGGUUUAGUGGCUAGCCAAACCUUCCGCUUUUAUGGCAAUAUUAGAUAUAACAUUAAUAUGACAUUAAAUGAAAUACUACUUAGAUUGAUAGGCGGCUUGUGUUAAGUACCACUUGUAUCAAACGGGAGGAUUCGUGUUAGUCUCUUGUGACUU